AGUGAAACUACUCGGUUCGCACCGUUCCAUGUGGAAAAUUAGAUAUAAAUAGAUAAUUGUCGACAACAUUACAUUUUUACUUAACCAAGUGCUCACCUUGUUGCUCGCAUUAUUCUCGUUGUAUGCCUUUUGAAAUGGAAACGUUAGAAAAUGCAGUUUUCCGAUCAAUGAAACAAAAAGCCUUGACAUUACAACUUUAUAAAGAUCUGAGAUUUGUAAGGGCUUUUGAUGAUUUGAAGAUGCAUCAGGUUGAUGAAUUGGAUUUAGUCUAUCUGACAGGACAUUUGCCAGAGGAUAGCGAACAAGAAGUCUUUUUUCCAUUAGCUGCAGAUGAAGCUAUAUCAUUAAACAGAAUUGCUGUCUUUCAAAAUCAUCUCUUACAACAUCACAAUUUGAAAAGGCUUACUUUGGCACUAAUUGAUGCUGAUUCUACAAUGGUUUACUUCUGUGUCACUCCUGGCCUAUUACCUCCAUCAGAAUUGGAAUCAAGGAAAUAAAAAGAACCUUUUGUUUUAUAGUUUAUUCAAGAUCACUCUCCAAAUUUGAAUUUGCAAAAUUUCAAUCAAAUACUGCCCAAGUGUCAUCUGCCUCCUUCCCAACUUUCUCAUCAACCACCUGCUUAAGUUGUUCAUCAGUUAUUGAGUGGGCCCAAACUGGAAUAGCUGAAUUUGGAAGUAUUACUUUUGACAUUAUUGACUUGAUAGUUUCAAUUUGCACAGUGUCAAGUGGAAUGCUAGGUUUAUCACUACAGCUUACAGCUGGAGUUGAAGUCUCUAUAGUCACUAGGUUAUGGUAAUCAUGGCUUGUUCUAAUCUGGAAUUCCUGACCAUCAUAAGUGCUGUACCCGAAUUCCACAUCGUCAUCUUCAUCGUCACAAUUUGAAGUUGGUAGAAGUUCAUAACCAUUUGGUCUGAUUUCUUGUGGCUCUUCAUUAUCUUCUACAUCAACCAGGUCUCUAAAAAUGUAGAAAGAAACAGUUACCUUUAUGAAAAAAAAUUUAACAUAAACAUUAAAAGAAUACAAAAAGACCUAUCGGUUAAA